AAAUUGUCUAAUUUUAAUGGUCAUUAUUCAUAAUAACCAAGCAUUAUGAAUACUGACCUAAAUAAUUACAUUGCCCGUAACAUACACAAUAUCUGUAGUUUGAUACCAAUCUAAAUCAAGGAUUAAGGAUGAUACAAUCCAUAAAAUUUUAAAUUUGGCAACGAUGCUGUUAAUGUGUCCCGAAUACUGGAUUUUGCCCCUUAUUUCCCGUUACGUCAACGCGAAACGGGACUAUUUAUACCGCAUAUCGAUCCAUCACCUAAACACGCUAAACAUAAACACAGUUCUUACUUCCGAUCAGAAAAAUGGAGAAAUUGAUACCGGGUUCGUCUCAAAAUUGUGAAAUGAUGUCCGACGAAAACGGUGUCAGCUCAAACAAUGAAACAUAUCCGAAAAGUGAUUUUAAAUCUGGAUACAAAACAGCCGAACAACAGACGCCUAUUAUCAGAGGCAGAAAAACGUUCGCUUUUUGGACGUUAGUGGUUUUGCUGUUUAUUUUGGCAGUUGGAAACUUGAUUUUGACCGUGACAAUGGUGGGCGUUUUAAGGAUAGGAAAUGGGAUACAAAGCAUUGAGUGUCUACCAGGAGAUAAUGCUAUUAAAUUAUUCGGAAAUGUCGAUUUGGGUCGCAUAUUCAAGCAGAAUGGUAUCAUGAAGGGAUUCGAGGAAGAGAAUAUGGAUAUAUCAGCAGACGAUAAUUCACUACUCAUAAAUCUCUACUCUAGGUUGAAUCGCGUUUUCAAUAAAUUCGAGUUAAAGAAAAACCACACCAGUUUCAACGGAUUUAACUCAUUCGAAGUGAGAAACAAACGCAAGGAGUCAUUAUUUGAUGUAUCCAAUCCAAUAUACAAAAAUUUGAAAGGAGUUCAAACAUUUAAAGCAAAAAGCUUGUCCACUAACAAAAUCAGAAGCAAGCUUGAUAACGACAUGGACAUUGAAGGCAAUUCAGUGUACCUUAAAGGAAAUGAAGGAACCAGAAUAGAAGGACGGGAAAUAGUUUGGAGCGCCGACCAGGACAUUUACCUCAGAAGUAUCAACGGAUCUCUCGUACUAAGUGGAAAAGAAGGAAUCUAUAUAGACGUGGAACGAUUGCCUUUAGCAAGAGUCGUAAAGUCUAGUGAAUCAACUGCUCAGUUUAAAAUAUGCGUCUGCAUGCCCCAAGGAAAACUUUUUAGAUUACCUGUCGCCAACCCUAACGAACGAGUUUAUUGCCAUCAAGCCGAUUUGUCCGCCGAGUUUAAUCCCUGCAUGUAAAACAUGGUUUAGGGAAAAGAAUGUUGAAAUUCUACAAUUUCUAAGAUGAGUGUACGUACUUCAUAGACCAACUUGAGUUUUUGGUACACAAAAAGAAACUUUACGACAGAAAGAGGAGAUAACUUCAAUACAUAAUAAUAGACAUUGAAAAUUAAAUCCUAGAACAUUAGAUGUGAACUAAUUAUUUGUUUUAAUCAGUAUGUAUUCGAAGUUUUCUAGGAAGAGCAAUCUAAUCGAAACUAAUAAAAAACUAUACUUUAAUGUAUAAAUCCUUUUAAAAAAAUUUAAUUCUCAUUGAUUGAAAUUAACAAUGUCAAACGAAGUUUCACUUAACUAUAGACGUGAUUACAAACUUUUUGUCUUGCUCAUUUUGUACUUUGAAGGAGCUUCAAAUAUUGCCAAUCAACGUUAGCAGCAUUUCUAUAAAGGGGUAUUUGCAAAAUGGUCUAGACCUUAGGCAAGACACUGUAACUUUCGCACAUGAGUGCACCGUCAACAUCAUUAUAUUCGUAGGCCAAUAACUAUUGCUUUUCAUGUAUAUUUCAAAAAAAUGUGAAUGAUACGUUUGCCUUAGAGUACUAGUGGAGUGGGAUUUAGAAACGGAAAUAAAGUUAACUUUACCUGA